AUGCCUAACCCAGUCCACCAAAAGAACAACCCGGAGGUAACUGUUCUCGAUGCUUCCUCCCCAAUCGAUGAAAUCGUCAAAGUGAUUCGCCGAGAUGGAGGAAUCAUCAUCAAGAACUUCAUCUCCCCUGAAGACGCCGAUAAGAUCCAGGCAGAGGGCGACCCCUACUACAAGCGUGUGGGCAAAUACGAAGGCACUCUGUUCCCCGCAUCAGAUCCUCCUCUUAGUGGAUUUGCGGGCAAAUCGCCUACCUUCGCCCAUAAAUGUCUCAAUCAUCCAACAUACCGUGAGGCGGCUAAGGCUCUCCUCAGGGAGGAAUCAUAUCCCUAUCGAGAUGGCAAGCGCUACAAGUGUGUCUCGAACCCCGUUCUGGCUGUAUCAGAGGCCUUUUCUCGUGGGAGAUCGGAUGCCCAGCCCCUUCAUCGCGAUGAUAUGGCGCAACAUUUUGACCAUAUCGAGGGAAGUGGCGAAAGUUCUCUUCUCGGAUUGCUUGUAGCCGGCACCAAAUGCACCUUUGAGAAUGGGGCCACUCAGGUCAUCGUCGGAUCUCACAAAUGGGCUGAGGGUGCCCUCACUGGCCCCGCCGACCGUUCUCUCUGCUCUACAUGUGAGAUGGAGAAGGGUGACGCAGUCUUCAUUAUUGGAAGCAUUUGGCAUGGCGCAGGCGCAAACAUCACUGAUGAGCGCCGCAACAUUUUUUCGUGCCACAUGGUCCGCGGCACCUACCGCCCUGACGAGAACCAAUUUCUUGCCAUUCCUCGUGGAACCAUUGAGACGUAUAGCCCAGAGGUUCAGGCUUUGAUUGGUUGGUCUGUCAGUCAACCGCACCUCGGCCAUGUUGAGAACAAGGAUCCUAUUCUCACUCUUGGGAGCAAGGAAGAUCCGUUUGGAUAUGGUAGUAUGUUGGGGGAGCUUGUUUCUGCCACACUAGCCUGA